UCUCGAGUGAUUGUAAGUGUGAUGAUCAUCUGCUAAAUGAGCAACAAAGACCACAAUUCACUCCUUCAGUCAGUGAAGCUCCCACAGCCGUUCAUGAGAGUUUAAAUGCUGGGGAAUAUUCCCAUCUUCCCACAGGAGAAGAAGAAGCAAGCAGGAGGAAUUACUCCAGGAGAAACUACGGACAUACUAUUGUAAAGAUGGAGAUUGAGGAAGAACCCUGCAGAAUAAAAGAUGAAGAUACAGAGGAACAAAUAGAUGGACAUGCAGUCGUUUCAAAGACUGAAGAGAAUUUCACGCAGAAACAAGCUGGAAAAUCUGGAGUCAAAGGAUCUUUAACCUGUUCUGAGUGUGGAAAGAGUUUCAUACGUAAAUCAAACCUGAACAUACACAUGAUGAUUCACACUGGAGAAAGGCCUUUUACAUGCACUCAGUGUGGAAAGGGAUUCAUUCGCAAAGGAUACUUAAAUGAUCACAUGAGAAUUCACACUGGAGAAAAACCGUUCACAUGCUCUCAGUGUGGAAAGAGCUUCAGUUACAAAAAAGCUCUCAAAGAUCAUCUGCGCCGUCACUCUGGAGUGAGAUCAUUCAGCUGUGAUCAGUGUGAGAAAACAUUUGUUUUUAAAUCAAACUUAAGAAAACACCUUAAAGUUCAUGCUGGUGUGAAGCCUCACUUUUGUUCUGUAUGUGGAAAGAGUUUUUCACAUCUUGGAUCUUUAAAAGCGCAUGAGCGUAUUCAUACUGGUGUGAGACCUUAUGUGUGCUUUGACUGUGGAAAGAGCUGCACUUCAUCCAGCAACUUAAAAUCACACCAGAGAAUUCAUGCUGGAGAGAAACCGUACAAGUGUUCACACUGUGGAAAGAGUUUCUCUCGGUCAGGAAACCUGAAAGAUCAUGAGAGAAUUCAUACUGGAGAAAAACCGCACCAGUGCUCUUCAUGUGGGAAGAGUUUCAGCCAUUCAUCUAGUCUACUGAAACAUGAGAAAAAGCAUUGCCCGAAGAUGUCUGAGUGAGCAAAGUUCACUUUCAUAACUUGUAAAUAAGCAAAAGAUGGAAUUACAUUUAAUACAGUAAUUUAAUCUAAAAUUAGUAUUGAAGUUUUAAUGUUUGACAAGGGGAACUGGUUAAAAUGGUUGUGAAUUGCAUUGUAAGUGUUGCAUGUGUUGUUCUUCCGACACCCGUAUUGAUCCUCUGUUGUGUUGCACAUGUGCAGUAAACACUGAGUGUUACUGUAUACAAGAUGAACUGAACAGUAA